UCUGACCUCCGCGCCGCCCAGGGCCCUAUCUAGCCCCCGCAGCCCCAUGGAGGGUUCAUUUCCGUGCCUGGGGGGUCCGCUCCCUCUGCUUCCUGCGGUCUCUAUGAUCUUCUUCCGCCUCUAGCGCCCAUAGGGGCGCCUCUAGCCGCCGCCCUCCCGGCUCUAUGGUCCGCGCGGCCCGGAGCGCUUCCCAGUCUCCUGAGCGCCCGCGUCGCUGCUGCUGUCGGCCGGAGCCGGGGGAGCGAGCGCGGCGGCGCUGCCGGGGCCUGCCCAGCCUCCCCCCUCUCGGCGGCCAUGGAGCUGGAGGUGCCGGAUGAUGCGGAGAGCGCGGCAGCCGCCGAGGCCGGAGCCGUCACCCCGGAGGCUGGAUGGGGGGGACCCGACUCGGCAGGAGGUCUGGCACUGAAGAAGACGGCCCUCACUGAGGCCCCAUCAUUAUCAGGACAGCCUGGAGUUGGCCAAGGAAAGAAGAUAGGUCAUCGAGGAGUUGAUGCUUCUGGCGAAACUACCUACAAAAAGACCACUUCAACCACUCUGAAGGGGGCCAUCCAGCUGGGGAUUGGUUACACGGUGGGGAACCUGAGCUCCAAGCCAGAGAGAGAUGUCCUGAUGCAGGAUUUUUAUGUGGUGGAGAGCAUUUUCUUCCCCAGUGAAGGAAGUAACCUCACUCCAGCUCACCACUACCCUGACUUCAGGUUCAAAACCUAUGCGCCCGUGGCUUUUCGGUACUUCCGGGAGCUCUUUGGAAUUCGUCCAGAUGAUUAUUUGUAUUCGUUAUGUAACGAGCCUCUGAUCGAGCUGUCGAACCCUGGUGCCAGCGGCUCCCUCUUCUAUGUCACCAGUGAUGACGAGUUCAUCAUAAAAACUGUGAUGCACAAGGAAGCGGAAUUCUUACAGAAACUUCUUCCUGGCUACUACAUGAACCUGAACCAGAACCCACGGACCUUGCUGCCAAAGUUCUAUGGACUGUACUGCGUUCAGUCGGGAGGCAAGAACAUUCGGGUGGUGGUGAUGAACAAUAUCCUGCCCCGGGUGGUGAAAAUGCACCUCAAAUUUGACCUGAAAGGUUCGACCUACAAACGCCGGGCAUCCAAGAAGGAGAAGGAGAAAUCCAGCCCCACUUUCAAGGACCUGGACUUCAUGCAGGACAUGCCAGAAGGCCUAAUGCUGGACACGGACACCUUCAGUGCACUGGUGAAAACGCUGCAGCGAGACUGCUUGGUGUUGGAAAGCUUUAAAAUCAUGGACUACAGCCUGCUACUCGGGGUGCAUAACAUAGACCAGCAAGAACGGGAGCGGCAAACUGAGGGAGCCCAGAGCACGUCUGAUGAGAAGCGUCCCGUUGGGCAGAAGGCACUUUACUCCACAGCCAUGGAGUCCAUCCAGGGUGGGGCUGCCCGGGGGGAGUCCAUAGAUACAGAUGACACAAUGGGAGGAAUCCCAGCCGUGAAUGGCAAAGGAGAGCGCCUCCUGCUGCACGUCGGAAUAAUAGAUAUCCUUCAGUCCUACAGGUUCAUCAAGAAGCUAGAACACACUUGGAAGGCCCUUGUCCAUGAUGGGGACACGGUCUCAGUGCACAGACCCAGCUUCUAUGCAGAGAGAUUCUUCAAAUUCAUGACCAACACAGUGUUCCGAAAGAAUUCCUCUCUGAAAUCGUCUCCAUCUAAGAAAGGACGUAGUGCCUUGUUAGCUGUCAAGAUGCCUGGCCCAACAGCUGCAUUUUCAGCUAGCCAGAUCCCCUCGGAGAGGGAUGAAGCCCAGUAUGAUCUCCGAGCCGCCAGGAGUUACCCCACGUUGGACGACGAAGGUGCUAAACUUAACCAGGACAGGGGGGAAGGAAGGCCAGACCUGCUACCCUGCACUCCCCCUUCCUUCGAAGAAGCAACCACAGCCUCCAUAGCAACGACGCUCUCUUCAACGUCGCUCUCUGUUCCUGAGCGGUCUCCCUCGGAGACCUCUGAGCAGUCCAGGUACAGGAGGCGCACACACUCCUCAGGGCAGGAUGGCAGGUCCCACGAGGAGGUUCGGGUUGAAGAGGAACUCCAGCAGAUAACCGUAGAGCUGGAAAGCAAAUGUGACGUUGAGAUCAUAGCUCCUGAGGAGGACGACAAAGGGGAGGCAGCCUCUUCAGCCUGUGCCAUUGCAACAGCCACCGCUACAAUCGAAGUGGAAACAGCCAGCCAGGCCUCGGAGCCAGCCAGCCAGGCUUCAGAUGAAGACGAUGUGCCAGUCGCAGACAUAUACUUUCCUACAGACGAGAGGAGUUGGGUUUACUCCCCCCUCCACUAUAGCACUCAAGUCCACUCUGUCUCCGAUGAGGAGAGCGAUACAUAAUCUCUAUGCAGACACUGAAGACCCAGAGAGCAGCGGUUCCCUCUGCAGGUUGAGGUGUUCCCUUGCGUUGACACAGAUGGGAUGGGGAAGAGCUUGCUGCACUGCUGGAUCUGGGCACUGCGUUUCAGGCUGGAGCGAAACGCUCUCUAAACGUGUAUUUAUACCUACCCGAGACACGGACAGCAAAGAACCUCCCACCCAGAGCGCCCGCAUAAAGCGGGCUGUAACGAGGCCUGGGUAGUGACUGUUCCCAACCAGGCACCACUGCAGCUACCUACCCGUGUGGGAUACUGUGAACCUUUUUCAUUUUUAAUCAUGUAUUUAUUUCUUUUAUCGUUGCACAGACACUGCACAAAUGUGCUUAUUUUUAAAAACAUUUAGUUUACUGCACUUUCUUUGGUUGUCCUAUUCUAUGUAUGUGCUUCAUCAAGAGUGUGAAACCUCACAGGAGAUAGAGAACAAAUCUUCACUGAGGUGGGGGGGGGGAGUCUGAGGAGGGCAGGUCCAGUCCUAGCUUCACUGAUGAGGAGGCAAUGUGGUCUAACCCCCAGACAACAGGACUGGGAGUCAGGAGUCCAGACUCCGUGUGACCUUGGGCAAGUCACUUAGCCACUCUGUGCCUCGGUUUCCACAUGUGUGACUGCGGGUAAUACCCACCUUUGUCAAAGCACUUGGACCCUCAGAUGAAAGGUGCUAUGUAAAUGCAAUGUAUUCGAGGCCAGUGACGUGACGAGAAUCACUCCUGUAUUAAAGCAGUCCGAGUUAGACAUGCCACUUGAGCUGAAUUUAGAAAUUGCUAGUGACCUCUACAAUUAACUUGUUGAUGUAUAUGGGAGAAGCAAAAACACCCCUGGCUGUAAUGACAUGGCUUCUUGGCCUGGCUCUCGUCUGGGCGUUGGAGAGGGUGGAGCUCUGCCUUCACCAUGAACUGUGCUGCUUAUUGGUGGGCUGGAGAUCUGCUCUGAUUUGCUGGCAGACUGAUAUUCUGGCAGACUGCUGCCGCGGCCAUGGGGCGUGGAAGGAGGAGAAUUGUGUGACUGCAGCUGGGCAUUGCAGGCUAUUGAAGUCACUUAGCAGCAUGUUCAUGACUCUAUCUGAUGCUUAAGCGAGUGAGGGUGUCAGAGGUUCACGUGAAUCCCUUCAUAGCUGAAACCGACACGCCACCCUUCCCCCAUAUUGAAGGAAGUCAGAGAAGCCCAGCUGGAAGAGUCUGUAUUGGGCAUGUGACACACAUGUUGUUGACGCACAGUCAGGGGAGACCAGCUGUGUGAGGUGGCCCCUGAGUCUCUGAGGUGGAUAGUGCUGCUCUGUGCUCCAGAGGUGUCUUUUUGCAGGCUACAGUCUUUAGACCAGACAAGAUUUGGCUUCACUUAACCAUGAAAUGGCACAAAGCAGUGACCUGGUGUUGACUUCAAGUUCCUCCUUGUGAUUGUAGGAUACUUCAUCUGUAGGUCCUGACUUCUCUAGCGAUCGCAUCUCCUUUCCCAUGAAUUAGAAAGUCUUGCGCGCAGAGAGGGCUUGGGCGUGUCUCUGUCCUCCUCGGACUCUAGUGUAAAGUGAGGGGUAAAGAUCACUUUUUAAUGCUGUUACAUUCUUCAAACCUCUGUUCUCAAGCUUCCCUGUGCAGUAGCAGUGAGAGGACAGCCCCAGUCUACAGGCCAAGCACUGAGGAACUGGUACCACGGUCUGUCCUAGCAGCACUCAGGACAUAUUGGGGAGGCAGGUUGGGUCGGUGGGAGUGUCGAAGCUUUUUCCCUAGGAGCUGCCACUGUUCUGAGGAUCUUCAGCCGAUGGCUUUCUCUUUAAAUACUCGGAGCCUGAAUUUUCAAUCCCUGCCCUGCAGAGGCUGAAGACUUGCACUCCCAAUGUGUGCUGGGCUUCAUAGGAGCCGUUACGUUGUUUGAGCUUCACCUGUAUUGGUCUAGAAUAUCCUUUCUUUGGAACUCAUGUGGGGUUAAAAGAACCCCUCUUCUCUCCUUAACAGCUGUGAAAACAAAGAUGCUGCCAUUACAUCCAUGAGUCAGGUGGCGAAUCUGCUACAGAACUCUGGCAGGUUCCUAAAAGCUUCCUCAGAAUCCUACAUAGCCCCUUCUCUCCUUACGCACAGGUAUAGCUACCAUCAUUUGGGCAUUUGGUGGUAUGUAGGGCUCAGCCCAGGCCCACCUGGCAGUCUCCUCUCCAAAGAGGAGGCUGGGCGAAGGAGCUAGGGAGGUGAACAAUGCAUAGACUCAGCUACUGCUGAGUGCUAAAGGCAGAAGAUUUCAGAACACAGCUAAACGUACAGCGUGACUUUUCAGAAGCACUGAGCAGCUCCAAGUCCAAAGGAAGCCAGUGGGAGCUGCCGAUGCUCAGCCCUGUGACAACCAAGCCCUUGAUUUCAACAUCGAGUAACCUAAGCUUUGGGAGGAGCGACGAAGAUGAGCUAGGCCCAUCUCUGACCAGCAUUGCAGGGCUCUGAAAGGAAGAUGCUGCCUUCCUGGUAAUCAAAUCCUUAGCCUUAUGCCUUUAGAAGGAGAUGCUGAAGUUUGGCACUUCUGAUUGCCCAAGAAUAAAGAGCAGGAUUUUAUUACUUUCAACCAUUUGGAAGAUCUCUGAUCUGUUUAUCCAAUACCCCUACUCCAGUCAGUAUCUCUGCAGCAAAGACAAAGCAUCUUUGGUGAUGCGGUUUGCAGCUGUGGCAUUUCCUUGGUCUGCUCCCACAUUAGAGGCUGAAGUCGAGAGUCCUGUUCUGUGAGGUUGGAAAACUGAUCUUGCUUCCUCCAUUCCAAAAGUAUUCCUUGCUGCCAGAGUGUUUUCCACUCUGACGUUCUAGGGCAGCAGCAUCUGUGUAAAUCUCUUGUUUUCAACCCUUUGCAGCAAGCAAGUAUUUUAGGGUCUAUUAUUGACUCUGAACGUCUUCUAAAGAUACAGCUACUCUGGGCAUUACCAAAAAACCCUUCCCCGGAGCCGCACUGCAGAGGGAGUUGGUCAGAAAUAAACCAUGUUGUUCACCUGCAGUCCCAUCCCCCCCAAAGCAUUGUGCUGUGUUGUCUUGUCCAGUACAAGUUGCCCUGCAGGAAGCUUAAACUCCCAUUUCCAUUAUGGGAGAGGCACCUGGCUGGAGGAAGGAGGAAGGGACCCAUCGGGUAUGUCUACACUGCAUUUAGACAUCUGCGGUUGGCCUGUGGUAGCUGGCUCGGGCUAAGGAGCUGUUUCACUGCAGUAUAGAUGUUCCUGCUUGGGAUGGUCCCAGAGCUUGGACUGCAGCCCACCUCACAGGGUCCUAGAGCGUGGGCCUCAGCCGAAGCCUGAACGUCUACACUGUAAUUAGCCUCACAAGCCCGAGUCAGCUGGCACAGGCCAGCCAUGGGGGUUUAAUUGCAGUGUAGACAUACCCUUGGGCUCCAAACAAGCUCCUCUACCAUCAAUUGGAGUUGUAUUUCCUGCCUCCUGGACUUCAGCAUAGUAGUUUUUGCAAGGCUUACUCAUACAGUAGGUGGUAUGAGAGAGCUCCCCACUUCCAGAGCUGGACUGGGGAUAGCGGUCUGCUAUUGUCCGUUCUCUAGGGAUGACACAGCCACUUCCUUUGGGGACGGGGAGGAGAGGGGUUGCAUCACUAGAUUCGGCUGGUUGAUUCUGCCCUAGAUCUAUGGUGAGGCUUUGCCAUCUACCAGGAUUUUCAUUGUUAGCUUCACUAUAGCGGACAGUUGGCUUAUGAGCUAUCGCCUGUUUCAAGCUCUAGUCUACUUGUAUCUUUGAAAGGAGGCAGCUUGUUCCUUUUCCACUGCAGUGUUAGUGGGACGAUCCAGUGAGACCCUAGGCUUCCAAGUAGCUUCAUGUCAUUAGUAUCCCACCAUCAUCCCUGCAGCCUGCUACUCACCUGCUCAAAGUGUGUGGCCAUUGCUUCUGCUAAGGCUAGUUGUGAGCGCCGGUGUCGGGGAUUCCCAGGGGACUGUCUCGUGCCAGGCUACAGGAUGCGGAAUGCAGACGGGGGUAUAGUUAAGACCCCACUUCAGUUAAGAAAUGCAAAAUGUUGACUGCCAAGGUGGCCUCUGGGCUGUUACUUGCUGGGUGUUCCAACCCAAGUCUGAGCCUUUCUCGAGCAGCUCCCAGCAGGAGAAGCCUCAGUUUGAAUGAUUCAGCAGGCUCACCACUCCGCUCCAGUGUGUUCUGUGUUCAUUUGGGAACUCUCCCGAGGGAACAGGAGUAACAGCUUCUCCGGAGCAGACUCCCAAUGUGCGCUCGGUCACCGAAAAUGAACAAACUGCAGAGACUGGUGCUCCGGAGAGACUCCUGGAAGCCCCAAAAGCCCCAGGCUCUGUUAGGUGUCAGCAUAGCUGUAUCCUUUACUGCUGGUAGCAGUCAGUCACUGCAGGUAUCCUGCUGUCACGCCCCCGCCAGUAUCAUCUGGGUGAGUGUCGAAAUCACACUUCGUGAAACCGCAAAAAGAUUUAAUCUCAGCACUGAAGCUGGCAUGACUGUGAUCCUUGAUGGCAGCAUUAGAGACGGCACAAGCUCUGUGCUUGUCCCUGUCAUUGUCAGCCAGUUGACUCUUGAAACACGUUCCAGCCUUCCCUGAGCAGCUAAACCCAGCCGGGGUAUCUUUUCUUCACACUCCCACCCAGCAUCAUUGCCCACGUUUUUAAAUGGAAAGGCAAAUGAGAGAGCUCAGACUUACUGGAUCAUGUCUGAUUUGUUUGAAGUCUACAUUAGACCAAGUAUAAUAUAGCUGAUGUUCAUAUUAGGUCAUUUUGUAUGUAUGCUCUGUGUAAAGAAUGUAUGUAAGUAGGGGGGGUUUGUGGGAGGGCGUGGGGAGUGCUUCUCUGAAAAAAAUGAUGAGAAUCCAUGGAUAUUGUCAUGUUUCUCUUUUUUUGUUUCAGUUUAAGUCCUGAACGCUUUUUUGGAAGUCUUUUUUCUCAGAGAAAUGUAUAUUGAUGCUAAUUGUUCUUCGGCUGUGCGAUAAAGCAUAAUGUCGUCUUUGAUGUAAACACAGAGGCAAGCAAACUAUUUAUAAUGUCUAGUGAAUUAAUUGCCUUACCCGAAACCCCCGGGGAAUGGUUCCUAAAAAUAUUGUUUCCCUUUUUAGUGUAAAGAAUUUUGUAAAUACUUUCAGCGUGAGAUUGCACCCUCGUUUGUCUUGCCUCUCUGAUGGCUGCUAUUGCUCAGAAAGUGGAUACUGUUUGAACUAUUGUACUGUAUUAAAACGAAGGCAUUUUGUGAGACAAUUUAGAUGCAAUGUUCUCUUGGAAUCAUGAACUUAGCUCAAAAGGCAAUACUCUUGUUAAUAGCAGAGUCCUCUCUCUCACCUGUUGGUGACGUUUCCUACAGUCCUAGCCUGUGCUCAUUCCUGACUCCCAUAGAGAGAGACUGCUGGUUUUGUUGAGACUUGGGUUUGUAGCUCGAGUUGAUUGGCCAUUAACUCAAGUUGGCUAAUACGUUUGUAAAUAUAUGGCCAGUCCACACGUUUGUGUCCUGACCCACCUGUGACGUACCCACAGUCGCCUUCACAGACGUGUCGGCUAACUCAACUCAACUCAACUUAACUUGCAGUGAGUUAACUCGCAUUAAACUCUGACCGAGGCAAACCCUUUUUUUGUUGUUAAAUUGCAUUGAGGUCAAUCUUCUCUCAUGUUUUACUUCGUAAUUUAUGAAACAUUGUAUGUCCUUAACUAUUGAAGCGGGUUCUAUUAGAACUUUUGAGUCCAACAAUACUUUGACAAUCUCUAAGCUUUUUUUGGUCGAGGGGAGAGCUGUACCUUUGAACCCAGAGCUGUGGAAUUUCUGUAUAAAAUGUACAACCACUGCUGACCUGAACUAAUAACACUUGUAUGCAACAGCCUCCUCAUUCUGCAUCCCCUCCUCCCCCUUCCUUUAUUUUGGAAAGGAUCUCUAAUAAAUAGGGUAAUCAUGCAA